AUGGACAGCCACACAAGCACGGAGGGCGUGCCUCUGUCGGAGACCAACAACCGCUCGCACGCCACGCCCAGCGCGCAAUAUUGCCAAAUGACGGUGGAAGAAACGUGUUCCAAGCUGCAGACCAACCCCGAGACGGGCCUCACGUCCAGCCAAGAAGCCAUGCACCGGCGAGACAUUCACGGCAGCAACGAGUUUGCACAGGAGGAGGAGGACUCGCUCAUCAAAAAGUUUUUUGAGCAGUUUUCCGAAAACCCGCUGCUGCUGCUGCUGAUUGGCGCCGCGGCGGUGUCCUUCUUCAUGGGCAACCACGACGACGCCAUCUCCAUCACCCUGGCCAUUCUCAUUGUCACCACCGUUGGCUUUGUGCAGGAGUACCGGUCCGAAAAAUCGCUGGAGGCCCUCAACAAGCUCGUGCCCCCCGAAGCCCAUCUCAUCCGAGCAGGUAACAGCCAGACCGUUCUGGCCUCGACCCUGGUGCCCGGAGAUCUCGUCGAAUUCUCCGUCGGAGAUCGAAUCCCGGCCGAUUGCCGAAUCGUCAAGGCCGUCCACCUGUCUAUCGACGAGUCCAACCUCACUGGAGAAACUACGCCCGUCACCAAGGACACAAACCCAGUCACAGGCACUCCCCCCAUCGGCCUCGCAGAUCGAACCAAUACCGCAUACAUGGGCACCUUGGUUAGAGACGGAAACGGAACUGGAAUCGUGGUAGGAACAGGCUCCCACACCGCCUUUGGAGCCGUCUAUGACAUGGUGUCUGAAAUCUCCACCCCCAAGACUCCCCUCCAAGCCAGCAUGGACAACCUAGGAAAGGACCUGUCCCUGGUUUCGUUCGGUGUCAUUGGUGUUAUCUGUCUGAUUGGUAUGUUCCAGGGCCGAGAUUGGCUGGAGAUGUUCACCAUUGGUGUCUCUCUAGCUGUCGCCGCCAUUCCCGAAGGUCUGCCCAUCAUUGUUACUGUGACCCUGGCUCUAGGAGUUCUGCGAAUGUCGCGACAGAAGGCCAUUGUGCGAAAACUGCCCUCUGUCGAGACCCUGGGCUCUGUUAACGUCAUCUGCUCCGAUAAGACAGGAACCCUCACACGAAACCACAUGUCCUGCACAACCUGCUGGACCGUCGACAUGGGAGAUCUCGCUAACGCUGUUACCCUAAAGCCUGGCCAGUCCCAUACCGAGGCUGAUCCCAAGGCUGUGGCUGCUCUCAAGAACUCUGUUUCCCUUGCAAACAUGCUCAAGGUCGGCAACCUGUGUAACAACAGUAAGUUCAAUCGAGAAGCUGGCCACCUGGUUGGAAACGCUACGGACAUUGCUCUGAUUGAGGUCCUGGAUUACUUUGGACUCGAGGAUACCCGAGAGACCCGAAAGCGAGUCGCUGAGGUUCCCUUUUCGUCUUCUCGAAAGUGGAUGCUCACCUCCACCACCACGGGCGACUCCUCCACCCCCAUGAUCUCUGUCAAGGGUGCCGGAGAGGUCAUUGCUCCUUUCUGCGAGUACUACUGCAAGAAGGACGGUAAGACCGCCCCCUUCAACGACGACAUGCGAAAGAAAGUGACCGAAAUUGCGUCGGAAAUGUCUAACGAUGGUCUCCGAAUCAUUGCCUUCGCCUACAAGCAGGGCAAGUACGAGGAGGGCUCCGAGGAGGCCCCUGAGGGUCUUGUGUUUGCUGGUCUCAUGGGUCUCUACGAUCCUCCUCGACCCGAUGUGCCUCGAGCCAUCCGACGACUCACAACUGGUGGAGUCCGAGUCGUUAUGAUCACUGGAGACUCUGCUGCCACCGCUCUUUCCAUUGGUCGACGAAUCGGAAUGCCUCUGAUGCCUGGGACUCAAUCUGUGGUUGAGGGAAGCAAACUGGCCACCAUGUCCGACCAGGCUCUUGAUGAGUGUCUCCAAACCGCGUCUAUUUUCGCUCGAACCUCUCCCGAGGACAAGAUGAAGAUUGUCAAGGGCUUCCAACGACGAGGUGAUGUGGUUGCCAUGACUGGAGACGGUGUCAACGAUGCCCCUGCCCUCAAGCUUGCCGAUAUCGGCAUUGCCAUGGGCCAGGGAGGAACAGAUGUGGCCAAGGAGGCUGCCGACAUGAUUCUGACUGACGACGAUUUCGCUACCAUUCUGUCGGCCAUCGAGGAAGGUAAGGGUAUUUUUAACAACAUUCGAAACUUCAUCACCUUCCAGCUGUCGACAUCCAUGGCCGCUCUGUCAAUUGUCGCCGUGGCUACCAUUAUGGGUCUGGAGAACCCCCUCAAUCCCAUGCAGAUUCUGUGGAUCAAUAUUCUCAUGGACGGUCCUCCUGCCCAAUCUCUGGGAGUUGAGCCCGUGGAUCCUGACGUGAUGAACAAGCCUCCCCGACCUCGAAACGAGAAGGUCAUGACCCCCGAUCUGGUUAAGAAAUGUGUGGAGGCCGCCGUCAUCAUUCUAGUCGGUACAAUGCUUGUCUACGUCACGCAGAUGCAGGACGGCGUCAUCGACAAGCGAGACACCACUAUGACUUUCACUUGUUUCGUCUUCUACGACAUGUUCAACGCCCUGGCCUGCCGAUCUGCCACCAAGUCCGUGUUUGAGAUUGGCUUCUUCUCUAACAAGAUGUUCCUGUACGCCUGUGGAGCAUCGAUCAUUGGCCAGCUGGCAGUGGUGUAUGUGCCCUUCCUUCAGAGCGUGUUCCAGACGGAGGCUCUGUCGGUGAAGGAUCUGCUGUCGCUGGUGCUCAUUUCGUCCUCUGUGUGGAUUCUCGACGAGGCCAAAAAGUACUUUUUGAAGUCGCGUAGUACAAAUAACUACACCAACAGUGUGGUCUAG